UCGCUUGAGUCAGUAUCGAGUGAACGUUUUAUGUGAACUGUACACUCGGGCUUAUGCUGCUUCGUUUCUUGUCGGGGCGCGGAACAUUUAUGUUUGUAGUGAGUGUAUUUUAAAAUAGUGAGAAACUAUAAUUUAACAAUAUUGUGACUAAAACUACCAAUCAAGGAUUGUGCAUUACUGUUGUGUGAAUUGUUUACAUGUUCGAAAGUGAGUGCCUAUUAGAUGACGUGAUUUCAAAAUAAUUAUCCUGUGCAUGAAGCCGAGCUUAGCAGCAUCGAACAAAGAGAACAAAAAGGAAGAGAGAGCAAGUUGCUGGAUGUUGAUGUUCAUCUAAAUCCAAGAGAAUAGAAGAGUGGAAGAAUACGCGGAGGAGGAGAAUGAGAGAAUUUGAAACGCAAGAAAAUGAUGGAGUGCGCUUAAGCGUCUAGGAAAUAAGCUUGGAAACAUGAUAAAUUGAUCUGAAUGCGCUUACCUUAAGCGAAAAGUGAAUUAAUUGUUCGAAUACGUGUGCGCCUUUAACAGCGAAAAGCAGUGGAAAAUAUGUGAUACAAAACGCAUGGUGAAUGUGUUUACUUUCCUUUCAUUAUCGUUAAACAUGUGCAUCUGAAAUCAAUUGUACCGGUGAGCCUUCGGAAAACCAAUAUCUGCUGUAGUGUGGUGCCUUAGCUAAGUAGCAGUGGGAAGCGAGAAAAAAAGAAACAGUUGGAAUGAGAUUUUCGACUCGUUUGAAUAAGUAAACAGUGGAUUUGUUAUGAAAGGGAAAUCUUCGAGCUAAGUGAGCUGAAUUACGACACUUGCUUUUGAUUCGCAUAAAAUAGUUUAAUCGGUCUGAAAAGUAAAAGUGGAUUCUUCCUAUAAUAGUCGGUUGGCGGUUUUCUGUUGUAAUUUGGAUAUUCAUUACCACGUCGAUUUGGAGUUGUUGUGCUUACGACCAAAGUCAGACGGCGGCGUUGGCGAAGGUAAUUAAUUGUAUGCAUCAGUGCGCCAUAAUUUCGAGUGUCGAUGAGCAGCUACUGGAUUAAAUGAAAAGAUCCAGCACAGUUUCAAUCGACAUCUAGAAUCGGUCUACUAGUGAAAUGACAAUUUCGGCCGCGGCGCCACCAACGGCAGUAUUAACCUUCUCCGGCGUCCAAGAAAAGCAACGACCAGGUUGCCAUUAAUUAGCACCGAUCAUGCUGCACCAGCAAAAGCACUGACACGCGAAUGGCAGAUCAGAGCAACAACAUAUAGACGCCCGCGGUCAGCCUCCGAUGAAAUCGAGAGCUUUUUAAGGAACAUAUUAACUAAUAAAUGCAAUCGCUAAUUAGAUAGAUAAUAAUACACCGCACAGCGGCACAGUUGCUGAAAAUGCGUCGAGUGUGAAACCGAGUUCCAGAGAGCCCGAAGAAGGUGUGCUCAAGUGCCCAAAAGCCAUAAGCGCGAUCGAAGGAAAGAGCGUGUGUGUGUGUAAUCAAAUAGCUGAAAACAUAUAAAAUACCACGAGAAGCACCAGCUCCAUGAUGGACAACGGCAGCAUACCGGUAUCGAUGCUGAGGAGGCACCUGAACUCAUUCAUGAUGGUCCUGAUAGUGUUAGUUAGCUGCAGCUUAGAUAGGAUUGACAGUUGGACACCAGAUGUCCUGACCAAGUCAUACAUUACAUACGAUAACACAAUACCAGCCUUUUUCGGCAACAGCACUGAUUACUUUAAGUUGCUAGAUCAAGAUGACAACUCGAUACUGAUAGGAGCGCGGAAUGCGCUGUACAACAUUAGCCUGGAUCGGUUGAUUGAACAUCCGACCCAACGGAUCACGUGGCCCUCGUCGGAUGCCCACCGGGAGCUUUGUACGCUCAAGGGCAAGCUGGAUCAGGACUGCCAAAACUACAUUCGGGUGUACGCGCGGGUAGGCGCUAACAGGAUUAUGCUUUGCGGGACAAAUUCGUACAAGCCACUUUGCCGGUACUACAACAUACUGCCGAGCGAUAGCGCAAUUGCGUACGAUAACAAUGAGAUGGAAGCCCUCGGACGAUGUCCGUAUAAUCCUCUGCAUAAUAGCACUUAUUUGUUUACCGACGGCCAUCUGUACUCGGCCACGGUAGCGGAUUUCUCGGCAGCAGAUCCUCUAAUUUACCGAGAACCACAGCGAACCGAGCAGUACGAUAGCAAGCAGCUCAAUCAGCCGGCCUUUGUGAGUGCCGUAGAGCACAAUGGAUAUGUGCUGUUUUUCUUCCGGGAAGUGGCCGUCGAGUAUAUGAACUGUGGCAAAGCAAUUUAUUCUCGCGUUAGCCGUGUCUGCAAAAACGAUAAAGGUGGACCACAUCCAUUGAAUGACCGCUGGACGUCAUUCUUGAAAGCCAGACUAAACUGUUCCAUACCGGGCGAAUAUCCGUUCUAUUUCGAUGAAAUCCAAUCUACUACGAAAACGAUCAAUGGCAUCUACGGUGGCGAUACGAAUCAGAUCAUCUACGCGAUCAUGACCACGCCGGACAACGCCAUCGGUGGUUCGGCCGUGUGUGCUUUCUCCAUUCAAGACAUUUUGGAUACCUUCGAGGGGUCGUUCAAAUCGCAGCGAGAUAUUCACUCGAAUUGGCUUCCAGUUCCCCCGAACCAAGUGCCGGAUCCUCGUCCGGGAAAGUGCGUUGAUGAUAGCCGGACACUGCCGAAGGCUUCAGUGAAUUUUGUGAAGAUGAAUACUUUGAUGGACGCAUCGGUGCGAUCCUUACAUUCCCGACCCAUUUUCACGCGAGUUAGCCUUCUGUACCGCCUUUCGGCAAUCACUGUUGAUCCUCAGGUGAAAGCGUUGGAUGGCAAAACGUACGAUGUAAUUUUUGUUGGCACCAACGACGGAAAAGUCAUAAAAUUCGUUAACAUAUUGUCGUCCAACUCGACGGAUGAGGUCAAAACCGUUAUAAUCAGCGAAACUCAAGCAUUCCCAAUAGGUACCAAGGUGAACGCAUUGACCAUUUCCAAGAAGAACAAAAAGUUGAUUGUUAUUAGCAAUGGGAAGAUAAUUUCGCUGCCACUCAGUAAUUGCAACGAACACGAGUUCAAAUCUUGCCGCAAAUGCCUAGAGCUACAGGAUCCCUACUGUGCUUGGGAUGAUGUGAACCGAGAAUGUCGAACCGUUGACGAUCACCACGCUGGUAGCCGAUCGAUGGAUAAUCUCUUCCAGCGCUUGGAUGGACUGAACGUAAAUGACAUCUGCAAAAAGUACGACCAGCGUGAUCAGCGUCAACACAAAGCGGAAGACAACGACGUCUACACGAGGGUUGAUGGGUCAGGUUCUGCCGAAAAGGACAGCCCCACCGAAACCAAGAAUGUCGUCAUCAUCCAGGGCACGGUCGCCUCCACGGGGCCGGUCGAUAUUGAUAAUGAAAUAUCGAUGACCUCGCUCGAAGGAAGCGUGUUGACGAAUAAAAUCGGAUCCCAUCAGUACCACCAUAAAACAGAUCCGCUCGUUAAGGAAAGCGUCUCCAUGGCAGCAUUAAACUGGCAAAUAAGCAUCAUGCUGGUGGUAUUCUCGGUCAUCAUCGGCAUAUUGCUUGGUUUUUGCAUCACUCGACAGGUCAUCAAGAAGCAGUCCUUUCACGGCAGUGAGCAUCGAAAUCAGCUGAAUUGGCACCACACCAAGAACUUGAGCAUGCUUUCGCAGAACCGCACCAGCGGGAAAGACGUGAAUCUACUGAUGAACACGAACACAAACACAAACACCGGCAAUCAGUACCACACGCAGCAGCAGGCUAUCGUCCAGCAGCUGCAGCAGCACCAUCAGAACAAUAUGAAGGACAAUAUCGACUUUGAUUUCAAAGAUCGAAGCGUCGAAUGCAAGAACUCGACGGAGAAUCUGGAGAAGGACAUCAGUAAAGGCAUGGGCACGCUGCAGAAGACUCCACAGUUGAAGACAUUCAAGCCUUAGGAAGAUAUAGUUGAUGUGAGAAAGAGAGAGAAAGAGAGUGUGAUUGAAAACGAAGUGCUGCCGCCGAGCUUUGCCAAUGCAUGUAGGUAUUAAUAGUGGUACCGCAAACAAUAUGCAAAAGACGAAUUUGGCGGCGAUAACGAUUAGGAACAUUUGUGAGAGACUGUGUGCCUAGCACAAACCAUCCCCAGCCAGCAUACCACAUUUGGUUCAAGUUGAGGCCUUACUCUGAAACGUGUGCCCAUUCUGCACUGCAAGGUGCGAUAAGCAGGGAAGUUAAACAAUUUACCUUUAAAGAAAUACAACAAA